GUCCAGGAGAGGAGGAGAGGGAGGAAGAUGGCGGCGAAGUCGGACGGCAUGUUGGGGGUCGGCUCCGGGUUCGCCCAGCUGCACAACCUGGACGCGGCGGCCGGGGAGGGCGGAGGGGACGGGGAGCCCGGGGAGAGCAGCUCCAUCCACAUCUGCCACUGCUGCAACACGUCCUCCUGCUACUGGGGCUGCCGCUCGGCCUGCCUGCGCUCCCUGCUGCGGGGAGGGGGCGGGGAGGGCACGCCGGGGGGCAACAAGGAGCCCCCGCAGCCGCCCAAGCCCAGGGGGGAGAGGGCCUGGCUGGACUGCCUGUGGAUCGUGCUGGCCCUGAUGGUCUUCUUCUGGGACGUGGGCACCGACCUGUGGCUGGCGGCGGACUACUACUCCCAGCGGGACUACCUGUGCUUCUCGCUCACCCUGUUCCUCGUGCUGGUGCCCUCCGUGCUGGUGCAGAUCCUCAGCUUCAGGUGGUUCGCGCAGGAUUACUCCGGGGGCGGGCUGGGGGCGGUGGAGGGGCUGAGCAGCCGGGGCCCCCCCAUGAUGGGCAACACUCACCACCACCACUACUACCACCGCCAGCACUACACCACCACCACCACCCCCAGCAACCUCUGCAGGCUCUCUGUCUGGAUCUGGCAGACGGUCAUCCAUGUCCUGCAGAUGGGGCAGGUGUGGAGAUACAUUCGAACCAUGUACUUGGGUAUUCAGAGCCAGAGGCAGAAGGAACACCAACGUCGUUUUUAUUGGGCUAUGAUGUACGAAUAUGCAGAUGUUAACAUGCUGCGCCUCUUGGAGACCUUCCUGGAGAGCGCCCCCCAACUGGUGCUACAACUCUGCAUUAUGAUACAAAAGAACCGAGCAGACACACUUCCAUGUGUUUCCUCUGUGGCCUCUCUGAUGUCCCUAGCUUGGGUGCUAGCCUCCUAUCACAAGCUAUUACGGGACUCUCGGGAUGACAAGAAGAGCAUGAGCUACAGAGGAGCCCUCAUCCAUCUCUUCUGGCGUCUCUUCACCAUAUCCUCCCGAGUUAUCUCUUUCGCCCUCUUUGCUUCAAUCUUCCAGCUCUACUUUGGGAUCUUUGUAGUGGUCCACUGGUGCGUCAUGGCCUUCUGGAUCAUUCAUGGCGGGACAGACUUCUGUAUGUCUAAAUGGGAGGAGGUGCUCUUCAACAUGGUGGUAGGAAUUGUGUACAUUUUUUGCUGGUUUAAUGUCAAGGAAGGCCGGACUCGAUAUAGAAUGUUUGCUUAUUACACUGUUAUUCUGACAGAGAAUGCUGCCUUGACGAUCCUAUGGUAUUUUUACAGAGAUCCUAACACAACUGACUCAUUUGCCGUGCCAGCACUGUGUUGUGUUUUUCUUAGCUUCGCUGCCGGGAUUGCAUUCAUGUUCCUGUAUUAUGGCGUGCUGCAUCCCAUGGGGCCACGAGCUAAGAUGUUUGCCAGCUCCUGUUGCGCCGAGCUGCUCUGGGGCAUUCCUUUGCCCCCUGAUGUUGAGCCCAUGGCACCCCAAACCCCUGGGCACAGGGGGACACAGGCAACGCCCACCAGAGCUGUGGCGGAGCAACAGGACGAUCUAGCAGCUGACACAUGCUUGCCCGUUUUCCAGGUGAGACCAACGGUGCCAUCCACUCCAUCCGGACGUUCUUAUUACCCAGAAGGGCCCCUCAUUAAGAUCGACAUGCCAAGAAAAAGAUACCCAGCAUGGGAUGCUCAUUUUGUAGACAGAAGGUUGAGGAGGACUAUCAACAUUCUUCAGUACGUCACCCCCACAGCUGUAGGUAUAAGAUAUAGAGAUGGUCCUCUUUUGUAUGAGCUCCUCCAGUAUGAGUCUUCUCUCUAAUGCUCCAAGGCCAGAGGAACCUUAUUUUUGUUUACGAGAAUCAAAGCUCACUAAGAAGUAACACAACGAGAAA